AUGACACAACCAACAUCCGCACCCCCACACAUAGAGAUCUCGCUCUCCAUCAUCCCCUCCCGCCACAGUUUUAGUGACCCUUUGCCACCAACCCUCUCCAUGAUCCUGCUCUCCCAUUCAUCCUCACCAAUAACUUUGUUUACUUGGAACACAUCUCUACAUCUUCAAGGUUGCUUAACGAACAACGGCAUCACAAUCACUGACCUGGCAUCCUCAACUCCCGUCCCAACAACAGUACUCAGGAUCCAACGGACCCCUAUCACGAGGGUGAGAGGUUCUAGUGAUGAGGAGUUGUAUUUGACACUUGAGCCAAACGUUCCGCUGGUUUUGAAACGGUCGUUUGGGCGGGGAGGUGUAAACGCCAAACCAGUUGUGAAGCCGCUGCCUAAAUCUAUAGUUCAGCAAGGCUGGGAACUCAAUGACAAAGGCGAGGCUAUAAAGAUCCGCAGGUCAACAAAAGCAACGGGGGUGGAUGGGUUAGAGGCUGGUCAUGUAUAUCGUGUUGGUGUUAAUAUGGAGAAGUUAAAGGGUGUUAAGUGGACGCAUGGGACGAAAGAGGAUGUGCUUGUUGAUGGGUGGGGGAAGGGAGCUCAGGUGCAGGAUUUUGAGUGGGAAGAGGGAGAAGUGGAGUGGAGCGUUAAGGAGGCCGAGGUGGAGGUCGUGGACUGA